AUGGAGGAGGCGAAAUAUGACGACGACCCGGAACAAUUUGGCUUGAGAAAUGAAGAUCCCGAGUUCGGGACCCCGCCGUGGGAGGAAGAAAAGAAAGCGUAUCUUUGGAUGGGCGGUGUGUUCGAGUGUUUCACGAGCGUCGUAUCCAUUUUCAAAGGCGACGAGUACAAAGCCGCUAAGGAAAACUGGGAAGUUCCAAUUGAAAAAAUCACUGAUUUAUUCUACUUGGGCUCCGGUGCACAGGGAGUGGUAUUUGGUGCACACUUGGAUGGUGAAAAGGUGGCAGUGAAACAGCUCCGCACCAAAAAUGAGACCAACAUCAGACAUCUUCUGAACCUGAACCAUGAGAACAUUGUUCGGUUCGUCGGUGUUUGCACAAGCCCACCACAUUUCUGUAUAAUUAUGGAGUACUGUCAAUAUGGGCCACUGUUUGACUUUCUUCAUAGUAAUACAGUGUUCAUGCCGAAGCAACUCUUGAAGUGGGCUAAAGAGAUUGCUCGUGGGAUGGGCUAUCUGCAUGCACAUAAGAUCAUACAUCGAGACCUCAAGAGUCCCAACAUUUUGAUCUCUGAUGAUCUGGUUGUCAAAGUUAGUGAUUUUGGCACGAGUCGGGAAUGGAAUGAUGUAAGUGCUGUUAUGAGCUUCACCGGAACCGUGGCUUGGAUGGCGCCCGAGGUUAUACGUCACGAACCUUGUUCCGAGCGCGUUGAUGUAUGGUCCUUUGGUGUGGUUAUGUGGGAGUUGCUCACGGCAGAGGUUCCAUACAAGAAUUUGGAGACUCACGCCAUUAUGUGGGGUGUUGGUACCAAUUCCAUCUCGCUACCAAUUCCUAGCAACUGCCCUAGCAGUCUACAGCAGUUGCUUAAACAAUGCUGGAAUCGUGUGCCACGCAAUCGGCCCCCCUUCAAGAUUAUCGCUGCACAUUUAGAAAUGGCGGGAGGUGAUCUACGAGGCAUGGACACUGAGACGUUCAAGAAUAUUCAGACCGGCUGGCGAGCUGAAGUGCACAAAUGCAUGGAGCACCUGUACGCUAAAAAGUCGUUCAGCCCAGAGAAUACGGACACCGUGGCGCAGCGCCGUGAGGACCUGAAGCAAGCUCGCGACUUGCGUUACGUAUACGAGCAGCAAGUGACCCGAGCCAAUGAGCUGUACCUAGAGGUGUGUGCUAUUCGUCUACAGCUCGAACAGCGCGAAAAGACUAUCGCCGAGAAGGAGAACGCUCUGAACGAUUGUCGUUGUGGACACCGCGGUCCGAAAUUAUUCCAGCGCCAGACGUCCUCAUCCUCUGACGGGAUUAAAAUGCCGGUGCCAGACCAGCGCCGGCGCAAGAAGAGGGUCGAGCCGACGCUCCCUGCCCAACUCAUCGUUCAGUACGACGAAACACGCUCAGACACCACCACGAAGGUGGACGACCACGCCAAUUGCCCUUGCAAUGAGCAAAACGUACACUUCCAGAACAACAAUAAUGCAAAUCUGAUCCCAAAGGAUACGAUCGUUGAAAUCGAAGACAAUGGAAACGUGAUGACUAGGGACACGCUAUGCGACCGUCAGAACGACAACUACAUCCCGGACGUUGCUCAAGUUUAA